AUACUGAAGUGACUAACACGCAUAUGAAAGGUUUGGUGAGGAAGUUUAUACUACCACUAAAUACAACUCAAGUUAUGAAUACGAUCACGUCUUCAUGAUUUACUAAACGUAGAUGAAGUUUACAUUAGUGCACUAACUGUUUCUAUGAAAUUCUCACGGCUUGCACGGAUUUUAAUUCUAAUAUUAGAAUGUCUGUAUGGAGGAAUUCGGGCUCACACCGGCAUCUCGGCAGUGAGAAAUAAACGCCAGGUGCGUUGUGCGAAUCGGUUCGCGGAGAUCACGACAGGUCACACCGCCUGUCUGCAGCCAUCCAUGAAAGUGGAAAAGUCUGGUGUAACUGAGGAUGAAGCAAAGUCGAUAGUACACAUUCACAACACAGUGAGGAGGGAUGUCUCCCCACAGGCAACCGACAUGCAGAUCAUGAGCUGGGACGCGGAGUUAGCAACGUUUGCCCAGCGUUGGGCGGAGAACUGUGUGUUCCAACACGACAAGAACUAUAAACGGCGAUCGUUCGGUCGCUUCAGCGUGGGCCAGAACCUGUAUAUGCAUUCAUUGCGGGUGAGCUGGUCGGUGGCCAUCAAGGCCUGGUCGGACGAGAAAGCUGACUACAACUACGCAGGAGCCUCAACUGGCGUCACGGGGCACUACACACAGAUGGUGUGGUCCAGCUCGUCGAAAGUUGGCUGCGGCUACGCCUACUGCAGCUCGGUGGGAAAUAUAUAUGUCUGUGAUUACGGUCCAGCUGGCAACAUGGGAAACCAGCUUCCCUACGCGAGGGGGACGGUCUGCAGCGCCUGUAACGGAAACUGCAACAACGGCCUCUGUGACUGUAGAGGCCGGGUGUGCAUGAACGGGGGUGUACUUGACCUCAACACGUGUACAUGCUCGUGUAACAGCCAAUUAGACUUCUACAUACAACCAGACUGCGCAUUAAACUGCACGGAUCAACAAGACCCUCGAUAUUGCACGAGCCAAUGGGGCCCGGGGAGGUGCGAGGAAGCGAACAUUGCCGAGCUGUGUCCCGGAAUGUGCGGUUGGUGCCCGUACGCAGGUGCGAACUACGUGGAGCGACCUGGUGGCGGAGGUCAGACUGGCGGAAGUUCCCGGUUAACGGCAACCGGGACUCUGUACAUGUUGGCUGGCUUAGGAGCUGUGGGAGUCACGCUGUUAUGGAAAGGACGGCUUGUAAUAUAAUUUAAAAGCAUGUGCAUUAUUUAUAAUUCCAGACAGCCCUUGUAAUUUUAACUGUACAAUGAAUCAAUAUUUGUUUAUAUUUACUAAAAUCAAUAAAGUAUUAUAUAUACAAAUCAG